UGACUGAAGAGUAAAGCUGAAAGUUUGAAGCUUGCGAGUGGGCAAUCGACAGCAUUUAUAUUUGUUAGAUUCUGUACACUGACUAUCUUAUCUUUAAUAUAAUUAUUUAGGUAGUUCUGUUUUUGAGAAUUUUUAUAAAGUAAUCAUUGUAAAUUAAAUAGUUUUAUAUUUAUAUAAAUAUGUAAUAAAAAGCGCGGGACGCAAAAUUGACAUUUCAAACUAAUCGAGAUUGUUUACAAUUAUUAGUUAGCUUGCUUCCAAUAUCAAUUGCGAGCGAACGUUUAAUAACAAUCAAAACUAAGGUGACGCAACAUUGGUUUGUGUGAGUGCGUUUAUUAUUUGAUAUAUAAAACCAUAUGUGUGAUGAUCUCAUAGCGACACAUGGUUCACCGGGAGGAAGCGUGUUUUAUCUUAGUGUUUGGGUGACGUUUCUCCACUGUUGGAGCUUAUCGCCUCGGAAGCGGGACCGCCUAUGUGGGGCGAUAUAAAACGUUUUAUUAGGAACGUUGCCGCCACCGGCCCCAAUUUUAUGAGCUACGAACAUUAACUGAAGUCCAUUGAACUCGUACUCGUCGAUAAAUCUAGAAAUAUGAAUACAUUUGUGCUUGUACACUGCCUAUUUCUCAUUUUUGCUAGUAAAGUGGCGGAAACCUCUCCAAGCCCGGAGGUUUUGGUGUUCACCGUUGCAACUGAAAGUAACCAUGGUUUAGAAAGAUAUCUUCGAUCUGCUGAAAAAUAUGGCAUUAACGUUGAGGUUCUUGGAAUGGGACAAAAGUGGGAAGGAGGUAAUAUGGAGUCCCCAGGCGGUGGUCAAAAAGUCAAUUUACUGAGAGAAAAACUUGAAUCAAUUCAAUUAAAUACCAAAUCCAAGGAACCAAUUAUCCUUUUCACUGACAGUCAUGACAUCAUGUUUCUGGGGAAAAUUGAUGAAAUUGUAGAGCGAUUCAAGAAGACCAAUCGUCGUGUUCUAUUCUCUGCGGAACCCUUCUGCUGGCCUGACCUUAAACUGGCUAAACAGUAUCCUAACAGUAGCUCAAGCAACCCCUUUUUAAAUUCCGGUGCAUUUAUUGGUUAUUUACAAGAAAUAUUACAAAUUCUUGUAACUAAUAAGAUCAACAAUCAUGAUGAUGAUCAGCUGUACUAUACGAAAAUUUAUAUUCAAGAAAAAUACAGGCGAAAGUUUGAUAUUGGACUAGACAGUAAAUGUACUCUAUUUCUUAAUUUGAAUGGCGCAUUAUCUGACGUUGAGCUUGUGGUCAAUUCCACUGAAGAUUGGCCUUAUAUUAGAAACAAGGCGUUCAAUGAGCGGCCUCUCAUUGUGCAUGGAAAUGGACCAUCUAAGCUGAUGCUUAAUCAUUUUUCGAACUACCUGGCAAAAUCAUGGUCGGUCAAAGAAGGUUGUGUGAUGUGCAAAGAGAAGAGGAUUGAGUUGAAGGAGGAUGCUUUACCAGUAGUAAUGUUGUCGGUGUUCAUCGAACAACCAACACCCUUCCUUGAAGAAUUCCUUCAACAAAUCGACGAAAUUGACUAUCCGAAGGACAAAAUCCACCUCUUCAUGCAUAAUAAUGUAGAAUAUCAUGAAGCUGAAGUGGAUAGAUAUUUUCAAGCACACAGCAACCAAUACUUCACAGCUAAGAGGAUUACUCCGAGUGAUUACCAAUCAGAAGCUGAGGCCCGGGAUAUAGCCAAAAAUAGAUGCGCGAACACCGCUUGCGAUUAUCUGUUCUCGAUCGACAGCGUCGCUCGGGUAGGGCCUUCAACGCUCCGUUAUUUGCUGUCCACUGGCUAUGACAUCGUAGCUCCGAUGCUAGUGCGGCCCGGCCAAGCCUGGUCUAACUUCUGGGGCGCUAUUAAUUCCCAAGGAUAUUACGCUCGUUCUUCUGACUACAUGGAAAUCAUUAAUGGAAAUAGAAUUGGCAUAUGGAAUGUUCCGUUUAUAACUAAUUGCUAUUUGAUGAAAAUCUUAAUUUUCCGCGACAAAUCCGAUAAGGAAGUCAGCCAUAUUAUGGAUGGUAUAGAUCCAGACAUGGCUUUCUGCGCUAGUUUGCGAAAACAGGGUUAUAUGAUGUAUGUCAGCAACGAAAAGGAACUUGGACAUUUGGUCAAUCCUGACACCUUGGACAUCAGCCGUAAAAACCCGGACAUCUACCAAGUGCUGGAUAACAAGAUCGAAUGGGAGCAACGUUACCUCAGCCCGGAAUAUGCUGAUAACUUUGCUGAAAAUCGUAAGCAUUUAAUGCCAUGUCCUGAUGUAUACUGGUUCCCAAUUAUGUCUCCUCGUUUCUGCGCCGAGUGGAUUGAGGUAAUGGAGGACUUUGGCGAAUGGAGUGAUGGAUCUAAUAUGGAUCAACGUCUAGAGGGUGGCUACGAGGCGGUCCCAACUCGUGACAUUCAUAUGAAACAAGUUGGCUUGGACAAGCAAUGGUUAUACAUUCUCAAGGAAUACGUCCGGCCCCUGCAGGAAAUGGUCUUCACUGGAUACUAUCACAAUCCGCCAGUGUCUGUAAUGAAUUUCGUGGUUCGCUAUCGACCCAACGAGCAGCCCUCUCUGCGUCCCCACCACGACUCUUCCACAUACACGAUCAAUAUCGCUCUAAAUACACCCAAUAAGGACUUCGAAGGUGGCGGCUGCAAUUUCAUUCGUUACAAUUGCUCCGUCAAAGACACCAAGCUCGGGUGGAUGUUGAUGCAUCCCGGACGUUUGACUCACUUCCAUGAGGGACUACGCGUCACGAAGGGCACCAGAUAUAUCAUGAUCUCCUUUGUCGACCCGUAGACUAUCAAAUAAAACAUAAUAAAAUAUAAUCAUAAAUAGUCCUUACCCCAAUCCCCGCUUUUAGAAUUGUUCUAAUACCUUGCUCCAAAUAUUUCAAUAAUAUUAUCCUAUGCUGCUUAACUUUUAAGCAAUUUUAAUCCAUAUUGUAUUAAAAUAAAGGCGUAGUGGAUAUAACAUACAUAUAUCGUAGGCUAAGUGAACUGCAUUUAAGAUAUCGUAAGCUACUCUACAGCUCUCUAUAUUGCUUUUUUUUUAAAAUAAAUAUUUUGAUGAUUUUAUUUUUACUUUUAAUAUAUUUUUUUAAAUGAUUAUAAUAUAUAGAAUUAUUUCGUUCGAAUAUUUUAAUAUAUAGCCGUCACUUUAUUUAGUAUAAUCUAAGAUGUAUGAUUAAGUUUUAAAUAUUAUUUGUUACGUGUAAUUGUUUCCUAAUAAUUAAUAUGUUAAAUUGUGUUGAUUUUAUACACCCAUUGUCGAUUUCAGAGUAUAAUGUUAAAAUUAUAGGUUAACCAAAGAUUUAAAAUUUACUGGAGUAGUGUGUAGGUGAUUAUGAGCAAAUAAAUAAAA